GUGAAACCAAGAGUCGACUGAACAGCGGACCGUCGCGAACACCUGCCCAGAAAGGGAAGGACGUCGUUAAGCGCCUACACGAGGCUCGAGACCGUAGACGCGACGCGUUCAAUUCAACGCCACCAACACGCUUACCGCGUCUCUCGACCGUACCCUACCCUACGCGUGUCUAUCUCGCCAUAAACCAUGUACUCGUCAUCCGCAGCGACAAAGGCGAAGCGGCGCACGCACCAGCGCCCCGAACUGACCGACGAGCAGAAGCAGGAGAUCAAGGAGGCGUUCGAGCUGUUCGACACGGACAAGGACGGCUGCGUCGACUACCACGAGCUCAAGGUCGCGAUGCGCGCACUCGGGUUCGACCUGAAGAAGGCGGAGGUGCUGAAGAUCCUGCGGGAUCAUGACAAGACGGGACACGGCCUGAUGGACUUUGAGGACUUCGCGAAAAUCAUGAGCGAACGGAUACUAGCGAGAGACCCUAUGGAGGAGAUACGGAGAGCGUUCCAGCUCUUCGACGAUGAUAACACAGGCAAAAUCAGCCUGCGGAACCUGCGGAGAGUAGCGAAGGAGAUCGGUGACCGGCUAGAGGACGACGAGCUACAAGCCAUGAUCGACGAGUUUGACCUUGACCAAGACGGCGAGAUCAACGAACAAGAGUUUUUCGCCAUAAUGACCGAUGACGCGUGAAGCAAACGGUCAAAGUUGCCCUAUGUCCUGAUAUCCGUGUGCAUAUCUCGCUCUCUUGCAUAUCCAUGUCUAGAUGUGUCAGAUACAUUAUUUUUGGUCUUACUGUACGCGGACAGUGUGUAUCUCUUGUUCGUUGUGUAAUUCUAGAAUCCCUGGCUCGAUCA